AUGCUACAUAAAGCAUUACUGAAGCUUUAUUUUUAUCUAGGUAUUCAAGAUUUACCUGAUAUUGGUGAUUGGCCAAAAUGGUGGCGGGGUGUCACAUCAUUGUAUGCUGCUGAAAUAGCCAUUAAUCAUAUUUAUUCAUCAACUCUUAGCCAUGAACAUGAGUCCAAUGCUCUAGAUCAUCCAUCUUAUUCAGCAGAUUCAAUAUGGGAUGCUUGGCAUAUUCAUUGUUUACAUAACAAUGAGUAUUUUGCCAAAUUCGGACAUCAAGAUGAGCUAAAAGAAUUCCUGCAACGUCAACGAGAAGACCGAAUCAAAAACAUGAUUAAUACUACGUGGACAGAUAUGGUGUUGGUUGAAGUGUUAAAUGAAUAUGAAGAGAUACAAAUGAACAAUAAAAUACCAAUAGGCAACAUAACAGUCCGUGAUUACGUUAGAGCUUUAGCAUGGCGAAAAGCUUACUCAGCCGCUGGUGCAGUCAAUUUGAAUUGA